AUGCAGAAUGCCAUGUGGAAAGCCAUGCUGAAUGCCAUGCUGAAUACCAUGUGGAAAGCCAUGCAGAAUGCCAUGCUGAAUACCAUGUGGAAUGCCAUGCAGAAUGCCUUGCUGAAUACCAUGGGGAAAGCCAUGCAGAAUGCCAUGUGGAAAGCCAUGCAGAAUGCCAUGCUGAAUACCAUGUGGAAAGCCAUGCUGAAUGCCAUGUGGAAAGCCAUGCUGAAUACCAUGUGGAAAGCCAUGCAGAAUGCCAUGUGGAAAGCCAUGCAGAAUGCCAUGCUGAAUACCAUGUGGAAAGCCAUGCAAAAUGCCACGUGGAAAGCCAUGCAGAAUACCAUGCUGAAUACCAUGUGGAAAGCCAUGCAGAAUGCCAUGUGGAAAGCCAUGCAGAAUGCCAUGCUGAAUACCAUGUGGAAAGCCAUGCUGAAUACCAUGUGGAAAGCCAUGCUGAAUGCCAUGUGGAAAGCCAUGCAGAAUGCCAUGUGGAAAGCCAUGCUGAAUGCCAUGUAG